GGCCGGACCUGGCAACCAGCGCAGCCUGGCCGCACACAUAAAGGCCCCCCUCCUCCCCGCGUGCUCCGCGGAUGCUGCAGUCAAGUUUGCUGCGCCUGCGCACUUUCGGUCCUCUUUUUGCUCGGAAGCGCCCCAGACCCAUCGCACCAUGGCAGAUCCCGAUCUUGACUUCCAGACCGGCGAGUCUGGCGCCUCCGCCACCUUCCCCAUGCAGUGCUCUGCCCUGCGUAAGAACGGCUACGUGGUGCUGAAGGGACGUCCCUGCAAAAUCGUGGAGAUGUCCACCUCCAAGACCGGCAAGCACGGACACGCCAAGGUUAACCUGGUUGGUAUUGACAUCUUCACCAACAAGAAGUAUGAAGACAUGUGCCCCUCCACCCACAACAUGGAUGUUCCCGCCAUUAAAAGGACAGACUAUCAGCUGGUUAACAUUAAUGAAAACUACAUGUCCCUGAUGAGCGACAACGGCGACAUCAGGGAGGACCUGCGCGUCCCUGAGAGCGACGUGGGCAAGGAAAUUGAAUCAAAGUUCGAGGCGGGUGAAGAAUUUAUGGUCACCGUCAUCGCUGCCAUGGGGGAGGAAUGUGCCGUCGCCACCAAGGUCCUGGCCAGCAAAUAGGGAGGCAGGCUCCGCUGGCCAGGCACCCCCCCCCCCCCCCCCCCACCCUUACCCCCCCACAACCGGUCUCCUGCAUUCUCAUUGGUUCAGUCACCAAAGCGUCGGCCUUCACAGACAACCUCAAAUCAUUCUGUUGUAAUUUGUCUCAUCAUUGAUCUUUUUACCCCCCCUCCUCCUCUUCCUCCUCCUCCCCCCCCCCCCCCCCCGCCUUCAUUUCUCUCUCCCUUUCCGUUGCUGUUGGGAAUGUUCCACCGCUGCGUGGUCCUCUGCCUGAUCACUGAGUUUUUGUUUGGUAACAAACUACUUUAUAUAAAAACGACUUUAAAAAAAAAAUAA